AUGAUCUUCCGCAAAGUGGUACGAAAUCCUACUGUUCAAAACAUACAAAUAUACAGAAAGACUUUAGGUCAUCAGAUUCGUGACAUUAUCGAAAAGUUAACAAAGAAAAUCGAUCCUUUCGUCAAAUUUAUAUUUCCAAACUUCAUUGCAUUCCAUUACUUUUACAUCAUUGCAUUUGCAUUACUAUGUUCUAUUCUUAUUUAUCCCGUUAAGAACUUUGCAUACAUCGAUAUUUUGUUUCUAGCCACGGGGGCCGCAACCCAGGGUGGUUUAAACACAGUAGACUUAAAUGAGCUGUCAUUGUACCAACAAAUUGUUCUGUAUAUUACUACCGCGCUAACUACCCCAAUUUUCAUUCAUAGUGGCUUGGCAUUUGUGCGGUUUUACUGGUUUGAACGAUAUUUUGAUGGUAUUCGUGAUUGGUCCAAGAGAGAUUUUGAGAUGAGAAGGACCAUGACACUGCGCCAAAGGGAACUGACCAAAAAUAAUACGAUGGAAAAUGCUUCUAGGAGUACUGGUCAAGGUCCUCUCAAUUUUCUUACCAGAACUUUUACUCACGGAGAUAGAGAUGCUAGUAAUUUUCAAGGUAGGCUUUUCAGAGGAGAAGUGGUCAAAAGAGACGAAGACAAUAACGACGAUAGCUCAGUCGAUACAAGGCCACCGGAGGCCCAUAGCGAUCAUACUGAGAAAUUCAUCGGUAGGCGGAAAUCCAGAGAUAUCAAUCCAGCUGAUAUGUACAGAUCGAUUGCCAUGUUACAGAAUAGGCAUGAAAGUAAUGAUAACAUAAAGGGACCAGCGCUUGUCAUCAAAAGCCCAGCGGAACGGGAAAAAGAAAUAGAAGAACAACGUAGAUUACAAAAAGAGCGUGAGGAACAGCAAGGUCAAUCUAUUCAGUUUAAAGUGGAACCGCGCCCGACAAAGUCAACGAGGUCAACUUUUGAACCCUCGGGAAUUAGGAAAUCAUUUACCCGAAGAAAGAGGCCUAGCUUCUUCAAAGGUUCCCAAUCUGCCAGAAUAAUACGAGACAAGUUGAGAAGAAGAUCCAAAGGUUCUGAUGUCAACAAUGUUGAUGAUGAGGAAGAAGAACAGGAUGGGCAUGAUGCAGAUAUGGAAGGAUCUUCUGAAGACGAUAGUGUUAUUGAAUCUUCAGAUGGACAGUCAGAGUCUAUAUCUGCUCCCAAUUUUGACCAUCACUCAUCUGAGCCAACACUACAGAGUGGUGGUACAGUAUCUGCACCUUCUUCUUUAGAGAGUAAUGAAAUCGAAGAAGAAGAUGAGGAACUAAGCGAUUUACCCACUGGUGUUUCUUAUUAUGGGCUGCAUUCAGGAGGCGAUCCUCGAAAUAGGUUAAACAGGGUCAUGAGUACAAAUUAUUUAUCAUAUGAGCCUAAAAUUGGAAGAAACUCAACUUUUGUUGGAUUAUCAGAAUCGCAAAAAGUUGAAUUAGGAGGGGUUGAAUAUAGGUCCACCAAGGUUUUAUGUCUACUUUUGUCGAUAUAUUAUCUCGGUUUUAGUAUUUUAGCUAUGAUCAUAUUCGCUGCGUGGAUACAACCUAUGAACAAUUAUAAAGAAAUUGUUAGAUCUCAAGGUGUUUCGCCAACAUGGUGGGGGUUUUGGACUGGAAUGAGUGCAUUUGGUAAUCUUGGAUUAACAUUGACUCCGAACUCCAUGAUAUCAUUUCACAAGUCAAUAUACACGUUAAUUUGGAUGAUGUGGUUCAUUGUUAUUGGUAACACUGGAUUUCCAAUUUUUCUCCGUUUCGUUAUUUGGAUACUUUUCAAACUAAGUCCAGAUCUGUCCUUGAGAAAAGAUAGUCUAGGGUUUUUAUUAGACCAUCCUCGUAGAUGUUUCACAAUGCUAUUUCCUAAAGCGGCUACAUGGUGGCUUUUUCUGAUUCUCAUUGGAAUGAAUGCUAUUGAUUUGAUAUUAUUCAUCAUUUUGGAUUUGAAUACAGAUGUUGUAAAAGAUCUAACUGCUGGAUUCAAGGUACUUAACGGUUUAUUUCAAGCUGUUAGCACAAGAACCGCAGGGUUUGCCGUGCUAGAUCUAAGUCAAUUGCAUCCAUCUGUACAGGUAUCGUACAUGUUAAUGAUGUAUGUUUCUGUGAUGCCCUUAGCUAUUUCAAUUAGAAGAACUAAUGUCUACGAAGAGCAAUCGCUUGGUGUUUACGGGAAUGGAGAAAAUCAAGAAGAUGAUGGGUCGGAAAAGAAUACAAAAAGUUUCAUUGGAGCACAUUUACGUAGACAAUUGUCUUUCGAUCUAUGGUAUAUGUUUUUGGGUCUCUUUAUUAUCUGUAUCUGCGAAGGUGGGAAGAUCCAAGAUCCAAGCAAACCCAGUUUCACCGUUUUUCAAUGUCUCUUCGAAGUUGUAAGUGCUUAUGGUACCGUUGGAUUGUCCCUUGGAUACCCUGGCUCCAAUCAAUCGUUUUCAGGACAAUUCACAACUAUAUCAAAACUAGUCAUCAUUGCAAUGUUGAUAAGAGGAAGACACAGAGGUUUGCCCUAUACUUUGGAUCGUGCCAUCAUCUUACCAAGUGCGAAAUUGAAGGAAAAUGAUUUACUCCAUGAGUUGACUCACUCUAGGAGACCCACAACUUUAGGAUUGAAUGGAUCUACAUCUCAUGAUAACAGAACCACCUCUGUCGCUGAUUCGACAUCUUCGAUUGGUAACAAACAUAUAGACCGGUUCCGUGACCGUUCACGUUCCGUAUGGCACGGUUUAACCUCUGCGUUUAGUAUGGGUCAUCAACCACGGCCACAUAGAACCAUGACGUCUAGAUCGUUAGAUGAUACCAUUACAACGGACCGCAUGAUGUCCACGCAAAGUAACCAAUCUUUUAACAAUGAAUCACAACAACAAACAUUUUCGGAUGGUAACAACUAUCCAAUGCACAGCAUGAACUCAAACCACCAUUAUGACAACAGAUCUAUGACCCCCAACCAAUAUCACGUGUUUAGAGAUUCCUUUGAUCUGAGAUCGGGUAUUACUGAGCACAAAGGUUUGGAUGGUGUACAUGCAAAUACCGUGGAAGCAUUCGACCAUUCGAACUAUAAUUCCAACAGUAAUAGCAACAGUAACAGCAAUUCAAACAGCAAGAAUACGGAAACUUCAAGCUCAGGACCAAUCUUCAAUCACAUCAAUUCCUCUACCUCAUUGCAUUCACCACAUUCUACAGGUUCAAUGCAAUCUCUGAAUAGCUCACCCAGAUAG